AUGCUCGACUACAUGGACUAUGUGCAGCGCACGUUCGAGACGGCCACCGGGUGGCACAGGGACCGCGGGUACGCGAAUGUCGGCAGCGGGGGCGCGCUAGCUUGCUCCAGUUCCCGGUGCCCCUCGGGUUCAAGUUGCAGACUGCACACACGGGCCACGCGGCACUCCUUCAACACUUUGGACUUGGCCUCUUGGGGGAACGUCUCAGGUGCGCUCACGUACUUGUAUACUGACUGUGCAGCCGUCGAGGAACUAGUCGGGGGUAGCGAGGCGGUUAGGUUGCAACACGCUACAGAGACGUUCAGGGACGUCGCGGGGAAGCACCCUACUACGUACCAUGAUGCUGCGAAGCAGCAGAAUGAUGCGCAAGAAACUCAAUUGGAACCCGAAGAUGCGAACUAUGGCUCUGACCCAGUUGCCUUGCACGCUUCCCCCGCUGCAUCGCAUCCUGCUGCGCAGGAUGCUCGGCAGUGUGCGUGGCCGCACUCGCUCUACUACGGCAGGAUCUACUACCCCAGCUCGACACUCGAGGCGAUGAUCGUACGUCGUUGCACUCCGUUCUCGCAACUCGUCGUCAAAUGCAUUAGCUCGGCGACUCCAGCGCCCACACCGCAAUUCAACAUCGCCACACUCUACUGGCAACGCGACAAGGACCACAGUUUCCAGGAGUGGAUUCUUUCCUCCAACGAUGCAUUGCUCGGGUAUCGCGUGCUCCACAACUACGUCGGAGGUGGGUCUAAGUUCAACAACUCACUGUACAACAACUCCGUACUUUCGUUCGGCUUCGAGGCUUGGCUGGGACUCGUAUCCCUGAACCCGGCAUGUUCCGUCAGUGCCCGAUACGCAACACACGCGGCAAAUACGGGUAGACCACUCACACUAACCGUCUCAUGGAACCCGCUCUUCGGUCACGUCUCGUCCACGUACGCGGCAAGAACGACGACAAACACCGCAUUCACAGCCAAGUACGAUUUCAACAUCUACUCCAUCGACUCAAACCUCUCCUUCGGAUGCGAAAUAUGGAGACGGGGACGGCAAACAGGACUACCGGGCGCGAGCGUUCCAGAGAAGAGACCUGCGCGCGGCGUACCGAUCGAAUGGCCGCUUGACUUGGUACACCCAAGCGUCCAGACACAAAAACUGCUAGACGAUCUAACGCACACUUUCUCGGCGUCUUUGCAAAAACUGGACGAGGAGAGGUCCAUCAUCGAACAGUUCGAGAACAACUUCAACGCGGCAAACUUCACAAACGUCUGGAAGAUGUCCACGUCGCUGAUGGACAGGAACCUCAGGGUCCUGUGGGAAUGCAAAUUCAAGGGCUUUCUUUUGUCAAUGGGCACAGAACUACUAGCAUCGCCUUCAUCGGAUCAAGUGGCAAAUACGAGAAAACCGUUUCCCAUUGAAAUACCGAAACAGUUCGGUAUCAUGGUUCAAUACUCUUGCUGA